CAGGAGGCCCUAGGCGGCAGGGGCCUGGCGCUCGGCUCUAGGGACCCUCGAGCCGCCCUGCGCUCCGAGCCGCCCGGCUGUCGCGAUGGCCUCGGAAGUGGUGUGCGGACUCAUCUUCAGGCUGCUGCUCCCCAUCUGCCUGACAGUAGCAUGUGCGUUCCGGUACAAUGGACUCUCCUUCGUCUACCUCAUCUACCUCUUGCUCAUCCCUCUGUUCUCAGAACCAACAAGAGCGACGAUGCAAGGACACACGGGAUGGCUGUUAAAGUCCCUGUGCUUCACCAGUCUUUCCUUCCUGAUGCUGCAUAUUAUUUUCCACAUCACCUUGGCUAGCCUGGAAGCUCAACACCGUAUUGCACCUGGUUACAACUGCUCAACCUGGGAAAAGACGUUGCGGCAGAUUGGCUUUGAAAGCUUAAAGGGAGCUGAUGCUGGUAACGGGAUCAGAGUGUUUGUACCUGAUAUUGGGAUGUUCAUCGCUAGUCUGGCCAUCUGGCUCAUCUGUAGAAACAUCGUUCAGAAACCAGUGACAGAAGCAGCAGCACAGUAUAACCUGGAGUUUGAAAAUGAAGAAUUGGCUGGAGGAGAAAAAAUAGAUCCAGAAGAGGCACUGAUCUAUGAAGAAGAUUUAGAGGAAGGAGAUGGUGUUGAAGGCGAGACGGAAGAAAGCACGAAAUUAAAAAUCUUCCGCAGGCUCGCCUUUGUGGCUUCCAAGCUUAAGGAGUUUAUUGGCAACAUGAUAACCACCGCUGGAAAAGUAGUUGUGACGAUCUUACUCGGUUCAUCAGGUAUGAUGCUGCCGUCCUUGACCUCCUCCGUCUACUUUUUUGUAUUCUUGGGUCUGUGCACCUGGUGGUCCUGGUGCCGGACGUUCGAUCCAUUGCUGUUCAGCUGUCUCUGUGUUCUCCUGGCUAUUUUCACCGCGGGACACUUGAUUGGACUUUAUUUAUACCAGUUCCAAUUCUUUCAAGAAGCAGUUCCACCCAAUGACUACUAUGCAAGGUUGUUUGGUAUCAAAUCAGUAAUUCAAACAGACUGUUCCAGCACAUGGAAGAUCAUAGCAAACCCAGACCUGUCAUGGUACCACCAUGCCAACCCCAUCCUGCUGCUGGUGAUGUACUACACGCUGGCCACGCUGAUCCGCAUUUGGCUACAGGAACCCCUUGUGCAGGACGAGAGGACCAAGGAAGAGGAGAGAGCCCUGGCCUGUAGCCCCGUCCAGAUAACAGCUGAGAGGAGGCGAAGCCUGUGGUAUGCAAGCCAUUACCCAACCGACGAGAGAAAACUUUUAUCCAUGACCCAAGAUGACUACAAACCAUCUGAUGGCCUGCUGGUGACCGUGAAUGGCAACCCUGUGGAUUACCACACGAUCCACCCCAGCCUUCCCAUGGAGAAUGGGCCCGCCAAAGGAGAGCUGUACUCCACCCCGCAGUACCGGUGGGAGCCCUCGGAUGACUCCAUAGAAAAGAAAGAGGAAGAAGAAGAUGAGAAAGGCGAAUUUGAAGAGGAAAGGAGCCAUGAGGAAAAAACAAGUGUGAAAGUUCACGCCAUGGUCUCUGUGUUCCAGUUUGUUAUGAAACAGAGUUACAUCUGUGCCCUGAUUGCUAUGAUGGCGUGGAGCAUCACCUAUCACAGCUGGUUGACUUUCGUGCUGUUGAUUUGGUCAUGCACUCUUUGGAUGAUUCGCAAUAGAAGAAAAUAUGCUAUGAUCAGCUCUCCUUUCAUGGUUGUCUAUGCAAAUCUGUUGCUGAUAUUACAGUAUAUAUGGAGUUUUGAACUUCCAGAAAUUAAAAAGGUCCCAGGAUUUUUAGAAAAGAAAGAGCCAGGAGAGCUUGCCUCAAAGAUACUUUUCACCAUUACGUUUUGGCUGCUGCUGAGGCAGCACCUCACUGAGCAAAAAGCUCUUCGAGAAAAGGAAGCUCUUUUAUCUGAGGUCAAAAUCGAAACUCAGGAAAUUGAAGAAAAAGAUGCCGAGCAGGACGCACCAGCGGAAGGGGAGGCCGACGCGCAGGAGGAAGAGGAAGGGGCACGGGAAGAGGAAGGGAGGGAGGAGAAGCCGGCCGGCCCGAGAGAGGAGGAGGAAGCGGAGGACGACAGCCAGGACAUCAUGAAAGUGCUGGGCAAUUUGGUGGUGGCCAUGUUCAUCAAGUACUGGAUCUACGUGUGCGGAGGAAUGUUCUUCUUUGUCAGCUUCGAGGGUAAAAUUGUGAUGUACAAAAUCAUCUACAUGGUGCUGUUUCUGUUCUGCGUGGCCUUGUACCAGGUACACUAUGAAUGGUGGCGGAAAAUUCUGAAAUAUUUUUGGAUGUCUGUGGUUAUUUACACUAUGCUGGUGCUUAUCUUUAUAUACACAUAUCAGUUUGAAAACUUCCCAGGCCUGUGGCAAAACAUGACUGGAAUGAAAAAAGACAAGCUAGAGGAUCUCGGCUUAAAACAGUUCACUGUGGCUGAACUAUUCACUCGCAUAUUCAUCCCCACCUCCUUUCUGCUGGUGUGCAUUUUACACCUUCACUAUUUCCAUGACCGGUUCCUGGAACUCACAGACCUCAAUGCCAUCCCCAGCAAGGAAGACAGCCCCAUCUACAGGCUGGCCCACCCCGAAGGAAGCCUGCCGGACCUGGCCCUGCUGAACCCUCCCGCCAGCCUGGAGAAGCCCGAGGGCACGCUGGUGGCCGAGCCUGGGGAGGAGACACCAGAGGGGCUCUCUGAAAAAGUGGAGAAGGGCGAGCUUGGGAAAGACAGCGAGGAUGAGGAAGAUGAAGAUGAAGAUGAAGAGGAGACAUCAGAUUUAAGAAACAAAUGGCAUCUGGUGAUUGACCGCCUCACUGUGCUCUUCCUGAAAUUCCUGGAGUAUUUUCACAAGCUGCAGGUGUUCGUGUGGUGGAUUUUGGAGUUGCACAUCAUCAAAAUCGUGUCAUCGUACAUCAUCUGGGUUUCUGUGAAAGAGGUGUCUGUGUUCAACUAUGUAUUUUUGAUUUCUUGGGCUUUUGCUCUGCCAUACGCCAAGCUGCGCCGUCUGGCUUCAAGUGUCUGCACUGUCUGGACGUGUGUGAUCAUCGUCUGCAAAAUGUUGUACCAGCUGCAAAGCAUUAAGCCUGAGAGUUUUUCUGUUAACUGUUCCUUGCCAAAUGAAAAUCAAACGGAUAUCCCCCUCCACCAGUUGAACAAGUCUGUACUCUACAACGCUCCUGUCGAUCCGACAGAGUGGGUCGGCCUGAGGAAGUCCUCACCUUUGCUCGUCUACCUGAGGAAUAAUCUGCUGAUGCUGGCCAUUCUGGCCUUUGAGGUUACAGUGUACCGCCAUCAGGAAUACUAUCGGGGGCGAAACAACCUCACAGCCCCUGUAUCUAAAACCAUCUUUCAUGACAUAACAAGACUCCAUCUAGAUGAUGGACUUAUCAAUUGUGCCAAAUAUUUCAUAAAUUACUUCUUCUACAAGUUUGGUCUGGAGACCUGUUUCCUAAUGUCGGUUAACGUGAUCGGUCAGCGAAUGGAUUUCUAUGCCAUGAUUCACGCCUGCUGGCUGAUCGCUGUCUUAUACCGACGCAGAAGAAAAGCCAUCGCGGAGAUCUGGCCCAAGUACUGCUGCUUCCUGGCGUGCAUCAUCACCUUCCAGUACCUCAUCUGCAUCGGCAUCCCGCCUGCGCCCUGCAAGGAUUACCCGUGGAGAUUCAAGGGUUCCAGCUUCAACGACAACAUCAUAAAGUGGCUGUACUUCCCAGACUUCAUCGUGCGGCCCAACCCUGUGUUUCUCGUCUAUGACUUCAUGCUGCUGCUGUGUGCCUCCUUGCAACGGCAGAUUUUCGAGGAUGAAAAUAAAGCUGCAGUGCGCAUCAUGGCGGGGGACAACGUCGAGAUUUGCAUGAACCUCGAUGCGGCCUCCUUCAGCCAACAUAACCCCGUGCCGGACUUCAUCCACUGCAGAUCAUACUUAGACAUGUCCAAAGUAAUCAUCUUCAGCUACCUCUUCUGGUUCGUCCUCACAAUCAUCUUCAUCACCGGGACAACCAGGAUCAGCAUCUUCUGCAUGGGUUACCUGGUGGCCUGCUUCUACUUCCUGCUCUUUGGGGGUGAUUUGCUCUUGAAACCUAUCAAGAGCAUCCUGCGUUAUUGGGACUGGCUGAUUGCAUACAACGUUUUUGUCAUUACGAUGAAAAACAUACUGUCAAUAGGAGCAUGUGGAUACAUUGAAAAAUUGGUUAAAAAUAGUUGCUGGUUGAUCCAAGCUUUCAGCCUGGCCUGCACAGUCAAGGGCUAUAAAAUGCCGGAUAGUGAUUCUUCAUGUAAACUACCCAGUGGUGAAGCGGGAAUUAUUUGGGACAGCAUAUGUUUUGCCUUCCUCCUGCUGCAGAGGAGAGUUUUCAUGAGUUACUAUUUCCUGCACGUUGUGGCGGAUAUAAAGGCUUCACAGAUCCUGGCAUCGAGAGGGGCUGAACUUUUCCAGGCCACAAUUGUAAAGGCUGUAAAAGCAAGAAUUGAGGAAGAGAAAAAGUCAAUGGACCAGCUGAAGAGGCAGAUGGACCGCAUUAAGGCCAGGCAACAGAAAUACAAAAAGGGUAAGGAGAGGAUGCUGAGCUUGACCCAGGAGUCAGGGGAAGGCCAAGACAUCCAAAAACUCUCGGAAGACGAUGACGAAAGAGAAGCAGACAAACAGAAAGCCAAGGGCAAAAAAAAGCAGUGGUGGCGGCCUUGGGUUGAUCAUGCUUCCAUGGUCAGGAGUGGAGACUAUUAUUUGUUUGAAACGGAUAGUGAAGAGGAAGAAGAGGAAGAAGUGAAAAAGGAAGAAGAAGAGCCUCCAAAGAAGUCCGCUUUCCAGUUUGUUUAUCAAGCCUGGAUUACUGACCCUAAAACAGCACUCCGACAGAGGCGCAAAGAGAAAAAGAUGUCUGCAAGAGAAGAGCAGAAAAGAAGGAAGAAAGGGCCUGGGGAGGGCCCUGUGGAGUGGGAAGACCGAGAGGAAGAGCCAGCCAAAAAGAAAUCGGAUGGACCAGAUAAUAUCAUCAAGAGGAUAUUUAAUAUUUUGAAAUUUACCUGGGUCCUCUUUCUGGCAACAGUGGAUAGUUUCACAACUUGGCUUAACUCCAUUUCAAGGGAGCAUAUUGAUAUAUCUACAGUUUUGAGAAUCGAAAGAUGCAUGCUGACCAGAGAAAUUAAAAAGGGCAACGUUCCCACUCGGGAAAGCAUCCACAUGUACUAUCAGAACCACAUCAUGAACCUCUCCAGAGAGUCGGGCCUGGACACACUCGACGGUCGUCCCGGUGCCGCCUCAGGCGCACAGACAGCCCGCAGGAUGGAUAGCUUAGAUUCCCAUGACAGCAUCUCCAGCGAGCCCACGCAGUGCACCAUGCUCUACUCGCGCCAGGGCACCACGGAGACCAUAGAGGAGGUGGACGCCGAGCAGGACGCGGACGCCGAGCAGGACGCGGACGCGGGGGCGCAGGGCUCCGACGGCGAGGCCAGCGAGGCCGAGGAAGGGGGAAGGACAGGAAGGAUCGUGCAACAUGGGAAGUGGGAACUUGGAGACCUUAAGACACAUGCAUUGCCGUUUCAUCCUCUGAGGAUGUUCCACGACGACGAGCUGGAAGAGUCGGAGAAAUUCUACGUGGACCAGCCCCGCUUCUUGCUGCUGUUCUACGCCAUGUACAACACGCUGGUGGCCCGCUCCGAAAUGGUCUGCUACUUCGUGAUCAUCCUGAACCACAUGGUCUCCGCCUCCAUGAUCACGCUCGUGCUCCCCAUUCUGAUCUUCCUCUGGGCCAUGCUGUCUGUCCCCAGGCCCAGCAGACGGUUCUGGAUGAUGGCCAUUGUCUACACAGAGGUAACAAUUGUGGUCAAGUAUUUCUUCCAAUUUGGGUUUUUCCCCUGGAAUAAGCAUGUGGAAUUGCACAAGGAUAAACCUUACCACCCACCUAAUAUUAUAGGUGUGGAAAAGAAAGAAGGUUAUGUUCUUUAUGACCUCAUUCAGCUCCUGGCUCUUUUCUUCCAUCGAUCAAUCUUGAAGUGCCAUGGCUUAUGGGAUGAAGAUGACAUUACCGAUAGUGGCACCGACAAGGAAGAGUCAGAUGAUGAGCUGUCCCUCAGUCAUGGCAGAAGGGCCUCCUCCGAUUCUCUGAAAUCCAUCAACCUAGCCGCGUCCACGGAGUCGGUGCACGUGUCCUUCCCUGAGCAGCAGACGGCUGUCCGGAGGAAGCGCUCUGGCAGCAGCUCCCAGAUAUCCCACAGAUCCAGCUUCUCUUCAAAUCGGUCUCAAAGAGGCAGCACGAGCACCCGGAACAGCAGUCAAAAAGGAAGCAGCGUUUUGAGCAUCAAGCGGAGAAGCAAAAGGGAACUGUAUAUGGAAAAGCUUCAAGAACAUUUAAUCAAAGCAAAAGCAUUUACCAUAAAGAAGACUCUGCAAAUAUAUGUGCCCAUCAGACAGUUCUUCUACAACCUCAUCCACCCGGACUACAGCGCCGUGACCGACGUGUAUGUGCUUAUGUUCCUGGCUGACACUGUGGACUUCAUCAUCAUCGUCUUUGGCUUUUGGGCCUUUGGGAAACACUCAGCAGCGGCAGACAUCACCUCUUCGCUGUCCGAGGACCAGGUGCCUGGGCCAUUCCUGGUGAUGGUCCUCAUUCAGUUUGGAACCAUGGUGGUGGACCGAGCACUGUACCUCAGGAAGACUGUGUUGGGAAAGGUCAUUUUUCAGGUCAUUCUUGUGUUUGGAAUUCACUUCUGGAUGUUCUUCAUCUUGCCUGGUGUGACUGAGAGGAAAUUCAGCCAGAACCUGGUUGCUCAGCUUUGGUACUUUGUGAAAUGCGUUUACUUCGGGUUGUCUGCCUACCAAAUCCGGUGCGGCUACCCAACCCGAGUGCUUGGAAACUUCCUCACAAAGAGCUACAAUUACGUCAACCUCUUCUUGUUUCAAGGGUUCCGCCUCGUUCCAUUUUUGACUGAGCUGCGGGCCGUGAUGGACUGGGUGUGGACAGACACGACCUUGAGCCUUUCCAGCUGGAUCUGUGUGGAGGACAUCUAUGCUCACAUAUUCAUCCUGAAGUGUUGGCGAGAGUCGGAAAAAAGAUACCCCCAGCCGCGGGGGCAGAAGAAAAAGAAGGUGGUGAAGUACGGCAUGGGCGGGAUGAUCAUAGUCCUGCUCAUCUGCAUCGUCUGGUUCCCUCUGCUCUUCAUGUCUUUGAUCAAGUCCGUCGCUGGGGUGAUCAACCAGCCCCUGGAUGUCUCGGUCACAAUCACCCUGGGGGGCUACCAGCCUAUUUUCACAAUGAGUGCCCAGCAAAGCCAGCUGAAAGUUAUGGACCAGCCAAAGUUUAAGAAAUUUAUAAAAGCUUUCUCUAGGGACACUGGUGCUAUGCAAUUUCUGGAAAAUUAUGAAAAAGAAGACAUAACAGUAGCAGAACUGGAAGGAAACUCAAAUUCUUUGUGGACCAUCAGCCCUCCCAGUAAGCAGAAAAUGAUACACGAACUCAUGGACCUCAAUAGUUGCUUCUCUGUUGUUUUUUCAUGGAGUAUUCAGAGAAACAUGAGUCUGGGUGCAAAAGCAGAAAUAGCAACAGAUAAGCUUACUUUUCUUCUUAAAAAUGCUACACGAGAGAAUAUAGCUAAAAUGAUAGCCGGCAAUGACACAGAAAGUUCAACAACACCAGUGACUAUUGAAAGGAUCUACCCAUAUUACGUGAAAGCACCUAGUGAUUCUAACUCCAAACCUAUAAAGCAACUUUUAUCUGAAAAUAAUUUCAUGAAUAUCACCAUCAUUUUGUCCAGAGAUAAUACAACUAAAUCUAGCAGUGAGUGGUGGGUUCUCAAUCUGACUGGAAAUAGACUAUACAAUCAGCAUGCCCAGGCCUUAGAGCUGGUGGUCUUCAAUGACAAAGUCAGCCCCCCCAGUCUGGGCUUCCUGGCUGGCUAUGGUAUCAUGGGAUUAUACGCUUCAGUUGUCCUUGUCAUUGGGAAGUUCGUCCGCGAGUUCUUCAGUGGGAUUUCUCACUCCAUCAUGUUUGAAGAGCUUCCAAACGUGGACCGAAUCUUGAAGUUGUGCACGGAUAUUUUUUUAGUUCGAGAGACAGGGGAACUGGAACUAGAGGAAGAUCUCUAUGCCAAAUUAAUAUUCCUGUACCGUUCACCAGAAACUAUGAUCAAAUGGACUAGAGAGAAAACAAAUUGAUACCUUAGGACACAGACUGCAAAUCAAGUUAACAUUUGAAUUUUCCAAAACCAAAAAGCACAAUAUUCUCAUAAGAGCUGAGCAUUUCUCGUUGGUCGGAAAUGGUUUCUCUUCUGACAGGUGGCCAAAGGGAGUCGACUUCCUUUCGUAGCCAGAGCUACCUUGCGAGUUAAGACGCCGUUGAAAACUUUAUUUGUAAUUCCAUUUCUCUGAAAUCAGGGCUACUUGGUGUAUGUUUUAAUCAACAGUGUCUUGCGUCCUGAUGGACCGUGAGGAGUCACUGACGGGGUCCUCCCGCAGAGGAACAAGAGCAGGGGCGAGUUGGGAAGCCGCGUGUCUUCCUGCGGGGCCGGGCCCUUCCUGGGGAGCCGUCGGGCCACCCGCAGCGCUCUGUCGCCGGCGCCAGCCGCCGGGAGGGCACUGAUGGGCCUGAUGGGCCGCGGCACAGCCCGACUGUGCAACAGCAAUAGGAGGCUGAAACCCCCGCAACACACUGCUAGGAGGAAAGGAGAGAGGGAGCUGGUGACCCCUGGAGAUGCCAGUGGGUGGAGAAGCCUCAUUCUAAGCAAAAAGAUAACCUAGUGACACUCUUACUGCCUUAUCUUAACUGAAGACUCAGACACAUUUUUUUUUCCAUUAAACACCAGUGACUUCUCAGGAAAAAAAAAAAAAGCAGCAAAACGAAUACGUGGACACCGGCUUUGUUGAGGCCCAGCUAGUGGUUCCCUUCGGCGGCGACGGCGGUUCCAUUCAGAGCUGCUGCUCCCGCGAGGCGCCGGCCGAGCAGGGAGCCCCGAGCGCGGCCACCUGGAGUGCUCUGACUUUGUGACUCUGUCAGCCGGACCCGAGCGCCUCUACCCUCCCCCCUCUACACGCUUGUUCCCAUUUCGAUGAUUUGAGGCAAUGGUUUUCCAGUAUGUGACAUUUUCCUUCCUGUUUUUCAGGUAUAUCAAAGAGUUUACAUAUUCCAAUUCACAUUUUUACAUCUGAGACGGGUUUUUUAAGUUCAUAAUUAUGAAAGAAAUAUGUAUAUUGAGCUUGGGGAAAUUAAAAAAAAAGGGCCUUUUCUUAAAUUAUUGUUAUUGGUAAUACAACCUCUUCAUUAAAUUACAAUGUAGCAUGGAAAUUUAUGACCGAAAUGUAGUUUUCAUUCCAUAUUAAAAUACAGUUUCUGAGAAGAAUCAUUGAAUGGACUAGAGUAUGUCCAAAAACAAAAAAUGAUCCUAUGUAGUUUGGGUUCAGGACUGACUUAAAAUAAAGCACAUCUUGCAAAGUCA